GUAGACAUCAGUUAAUUCCUAACCUAGGAAUGUUGCACAUGUUAUUAUUAUCUACGCUCUAAUAUAGGGAAAAUAAGUAAAUUUCGAGGUCUCUGUAUUGUUAAAGGUUUCACAAGAAAAUGGCUGAAUAUAUGGAAGACGAAAACAAUGUGGCCGCAAUGGUCAAAUUGUAUAUUUACGAUCUCACAAACGGCAUAGCCUCACUGAUGCCUGAUAUGCUGUUAGGUCGACACCUGGAUGGAAUAUGGCACACAGCAGUGGUCGUCCAUCGUCGUGAAUAUUUUUUUGGUCCACUUGGAAUACAAAGCGCUAUUCCGGGAAGUACGAGACUUAAAGAGCCACUGAAAAUAGAAGAAAUUGGUUUUACUUUCUUGCCGUACUCGGUAUUCUUGGAUUAUAUCAACGGUCUUGGAUCAACAAAAUUUGCACCAGGAACGUACAACUUAUUUAAACACAAUUGCAAUAACUUUAGCGAUGAAGUUAGUCAUUUUCUUGUAGGUACAGGCAUACCUAAAUAUAUAUUAGAUCUCCCAGAAGAAAUAUUACAAACAUCCCUCGGACAAACUCUCAUUCCAUUAAUAGAAGAUUUAACGAAGAGUGCUGCUGUUGUUUUUACAAAUGGUAGACGCUUUGUCAAUACAAUAAUAAAUCGAGAAGAUUCACCAGAAUUACAAGCACUGAAUAGUCAAAUCGAGCAGGCUAGGCUUACUUCUAUUGCCUUAGAAGAAAAAAGAAACGUUAUAAACGAGAAGCUUGCAAAAAAAGAACGAAAGAAGAAAAAGAAGGAUAAAAAAAAGAAAGAUAAAAAUAGUCGAGAAAGUGGAAGUGAAAGCAAUAGCACAGGUUCAACUAAUUGGUUAGAAAUGGCAGAACAAGACAGUACCUUGGUAGAGCCGCCGAGCCAUGCAAAUGGUGACGGUGCGGAAGUGCUCCCAUCCGAGAGGAUUCUGCAGAUGGAGGCUGAGGAAAAACGGGAGGUCGAGGAGAUAAAGCGGCAGCGAGAUCCGCCGAUAGUUUUUAGAGAUAUUAAAGAUGCUAAAGCAGAGUUUGAGUCAUUGAGAAUCCUGUUGCAAAGUAAGCUCAAUGAUAGUGAAAUGUUGAGUAUCGAUGAGUUGCAUCAGUACGUUCUGGAGAACGAAGGCUCAUGGGCUCUUGGCGACAACUUUCUUAAUUUCGUUGGAAGAGUGUUCUACGAUAAGUCUCUUGACAGUGCAGCUCGAGUGUGUUUGCUUAAUAUCUUAGCCAUUGCUGCAUUGAAGGACGAUGUUAUUUUAUUGCUUCACCAAGACAGAAAAGAUCAUACUAUAAUGAAUUUUGCAUACGACAUCGAUCGUCAUCCUGUAGAAGAGCAGUUGCCGCUUGCUCAAUUCAUCGCAAAUUUGUUCGACAACCUCAGUAGUUCGGAAUGGUUGAUGUAUAUUUCGGAGUGGCAGCACAAAAACCAGGGAAUCAGCAACAUCCGAGUGACAACUAAGGUGGCCGUCCAUUCGCUUCUGUCAGAUUGUGAGGAUCUGCAAAUGCGUGGCAGCGCCAUAAUCCAUAAUCUUGCAUGCAAGGAGGUUUUCGAUGACGUAGCCGUGGAGUUAACGAUGGCAUUACUCCAAUACUUCAAAAGUAGUCUCGCAGAGGAGCAACUUUACUCCUGUAUGAAAUCCUUGGCGCGUUUCACGCAAAUAAGCGGACAGGAAGUGCCACAGCUUAUACAAAUGAUUGGUCCCGAGCCAGCGAAAUUCCGUGGCUGCUCGCAAAGGAUCGACGAGCUCAUCGACGAGAUCAACAAGAAGCUCCGCGUUUAAUAGUUGCGAUCCUCUUUAUCAGCUCAUAGUUUCUCACCAGCUUUUUAUUUAUAAAUAAGGUAUAUCGUGAAGGGAGUAGUGAACUCAGAAUGGCAAUCAGUUUAUGCUUAAUGCUUGAAAAAAUUUUCCAUUUGUGAUGGCACCCAUCGCGAGAGAAAAAUAAUCAUUAAAAAGAAAUAAUAAGUUCAAGCGAUCGAAUGAAUUAUCGUUGUAAAAAUUUGUGAAAUCAAGUAAUUUAUGGAAUCGGUGAAAAAAGGUCUUCUUUUUUAGGCAGAGAAUUUAUUAUGGUGCUCUGAAAAUUAUUGUUGAUGAUGAAAAGAGUAUGAUGUGCUUGUAGAAAAUUUUUUAAUCAAUUACUAUAAUUUUUGAUGAUAAAGAG